UGCAAUUUAUUGUCAAUCAGUGUUGCUUCCUAAGUGGACAGUUUGAUUUCACAGAAGUGUGAUUGACUUGGAGUUACAUUGUGUUGUUUAAGUGUUCCCUUUAUUUUUUUGAGCGGUGUAUAUAUUUUUCUACUGUUACAUUGUUUAGAAUUAGAGUGCAUUCUCAUUGUGUGCUUCAGUUAACCCGUAGCCUACUCUUUGAUUUACUAAGUUUUAACUGCUGGAACUUAUUCGUUUUAGGUUGUAUGCCUAUUCUGUUUGUUGUGUACUUGAACUAAAUAGUAAAAUAAUCAUUUUUGGAGGACAAAGUGUGUGUUUGAUUAAAUUCACUACUUCAAUGAAAGUCAAAGAAGGCUGAUUUAAAAAUAUAAUAAUAUUCCUUUCAGUUGCAGCUACAAUAUGAUAUAGCAACAGGUAGCAAUGUAGGAACUAACACAAGUCGUGUGUAAUCAACCUUUAUUUUGAAAAACGGUCCAGGAAGUAGGUGACAUCUUGUUUCCGGAACAAGAAGAGUUGUGUGAAGAAGCGUACGGUUUAUGUUGGAAACCGUGUAACUUAGUCUUAAGACGUUGACUGAACAAUGCAAUGCAAAUUACUUUAACGUAAGCGUUUAACAUAGAGCCAAUGAGAUGUCCGAUACUGUAGCCUUUCAUGCUCAGCUAGCCUCCAUCAUUGAGGUUUUGGCGAAUGCAGCCGUUGCCGAAAUCUGCAAACUUGUAGAUGACGGCCAUGCUGCCUUACGGUUGGAAAUUUCCCAUAGUCAGAAAGAAAUCGACAACCUGCGGAGGAAGCUGCUUUUGACAAAAUUCCAGCAUUCUCGACGGAGUGCAGAGAAAUUGGGAGUCCUGCGACGCACAGUUCACCGACGCGUGGACACCGAUAAAUUUACCCGGGCAAGAGAGAGCUUCGUAGAAAAGCCAACAGACAGACUUGGAUAUUUGCAGAAUUGUUUUGCCGACAGUGAAGGGAGCAACUUUACGCAGAAUGUAGCCAACUGGAGAGACUCAGAACGCACAGCAACAGACCGGGAUUGGGGCAUGCAGAUGGCGGAUAUGCAAGUGGCACCUCUUAUCAAAAUGGAGAACCAUGGCACCAGUAGAACAGAAGAGAUUGUCCAACUGGUCAGUGAGAGCAGUGAGAAGAUCAUUGUGGCAGAACCAGGUUCUUCGUCGUCUACUGAAACUACAGACCCUCUGGACCAGCAGGGCAACAGACACAGAGCUCCAGACACCUCACUCAAUAUAGAACCUGAAAACCAGACCUUCCAGCAUCCAGCGUCACAAUACAACAGAGCAAGACAGGACCAUCAGGUUGCUGAGGGUGUGACCUGGGAAACUGACCAUCAACCCAUAGAAUACAGCCUGUCUCAAUGGACAGAGAACCAAGAGACUGACAACCCAACUGUGAAUGCUCCUCACAAUGCAGGGCCAGACUCCAAGAGGCUGUCUGGACAUCCAGAGAGGAGAGGGGUGUCUGGUAACUCUGGGGUCUGCAUGUCUGCUUCAGGCUCUCUGGACUGGCUGCCUGAUGUGGUGAUGGUAGACUCAGUUCCCAUUAAAGUAGAGGCAGAUAUGAGUUCAGAAUGGAGCAUAACUGGCCAAGAGGCGACAUCUGGAGAGGUCUGUUCAGACGGCAGGCAGCUUGUGGACAACAGAGGAAGAGGGGGAAUGGAGUCUGGACAGACAAAGUGUCCCCCUGACACUCAACAUGCAGAACAAGGGACAACUGUAGGAUCAAGGUCCAAGAUGUCAGAUUUCAAUGGACUGUCCACCCGAAACAGAUUUUCAUCCCCAAGGGUUACUCUCCACCAAGUUCCCCAAAGAGGGAAGCCAGCCCACUCCCCGAAUUUCAACAGAGGCUCCACUUCUUCACCAAAAGGCAUAGAAAAGCAGCCGCAACAGCUAACGUCUCACUCGCCCAAGAGGCAGCUCCGGUGCAGCCUCUGUGGAAAGCCCUUCCACCAGCCGGCUCACCUGCGGAGUCACAUGCGGGUCCAUACGGGGGAGAAACCGUACGGCUGCAGCCACUGCACCAAGCGCUUCUCCCACAGCCACCAGCUGAAGAUGCAUGAGAGGGUGCACACCGGAGAGAAACCAUUUCACUGUGUCUACUGCGGGAAGUCCUUCACCCAGUCCGGCAACAUGAAGAAGCACCUCCUCGUCCACACUGGUGGCAGGCCACAGGACAUUGGGCUGCCCUGAGUGUUCUAGGGUGAAGUUUCCCCUUGGUACAGAUCUAGGAUCAGCUUCCUCUCCCACAAUCUUAACCUUUACCAUUAGUAGAAAGAAAUGCUAAACUGACCCAACAUCAGUGUCUAGGGGAAAUUUAACACUACUCUUCCUGGUGUAAUGAAAUGCAGGGCCAGUAGUUUUUCCUCAGAAUGUGACCAGACUGGGGGAAAACUCCUGGUCCUAGUUGUAAGGGGAAUGGCUCCACACUCAUGGGUUUUCAUAUUUAUUUUUUUAUUUAUCCUUUAUUAUACCAGGUAAGUUGACUGAGAACACGUUCUCAUUUGCAGCAACGACCUGGGGAAUAGUUACAGGGGAGAGGAGGAUGAUGAAUGAUCCAAUAUGAAAACUGAGUCAAUGUGUUUUUAACAGUUUGAUUGGUUUCCACAUUGAACGGUUCUGGUGUGUAGUGGUUGUAUUUUCAGUUUACUGGCUUGAUGCUUGGUCCAGAGUGGAUAGAUAAUGUAUAAGUUAUGAAGAAGACUCGAUCCUGAGCUAGCCUGACGACUCACACUAAAUUAUUCAGCUGCUCUGUCGUUCACUACAUACAGUCAUUUGUGGUGAUGAGGGGCACUAUGGGUGUUGUACAAAAUAAAGUCAUCAGUGGUUGGAUCGUCUCUAACCAAUUAAGAGUGUCCAUGCCAAUGACGAAUUUUCAAACCAUAGCUUUAAUCACUUGUUUUCUGACUCUGGCCCAACCCAAUCGUUUUCUGGACCAAUCAGAUGGCCCUGAAUGUGUUCGCAUUCAGUAAAGGGUCGGUGAGGUACUCCAAUCUGGACUCAUUGCUCUCAAGAAACUGACGUCUGAGGGAGUGGCGUAGGGUUUGGCCAGAGCAAAGAGUUGGUAGCCAGGAAAAUCCAGUAGUAUCUGAAAGUAGAAUCCAGUACAUUGUGGUUACAGGUUCCUGUGAAUGACUACAUAAACCAUUAUUUUCUUGCUGUGUGAUUGCUGCACUGCAUACUGCUAUUACAAUGUAAUUAUUAGUGCGGUUUGCGAAGCACGAGACCCCACUUUAAAUCUUCGUCAUACUUUAUAUUAUUAUUAUUUAAGCUAGAAACGCCAUUCAAACUUUAAACGUGCAGAGCGGUCAGGACCAAUGUGCUUGCAUACAACUUUUUAUAGCUUUUGUACUUUUCAAACUACUUUUUGUCCCUUAUUUACUUUCAUAGUUUUUAUUCAACAUUGUAAAGGUCCUAUUGUGACAUCAACUCCCAGACUUCCAACCUCCAUUCACGGUUUACAAUGCAACUUUUGACGCAAAUCUGCAACUUUGACCACAUUUCCAGCACUUUAGAUUAAAACCUAGAGGGUAUGACAUUGAGGUCUACUUCUCUGGUAUUUAAAUCUGGAAUCAGAACAGAAUUAUCUACUACCAAUCAAAAGUUACAGCUGUUUGUCUGAGUUUAGAGUGAAGAAAAGCAGCUAAGGUCAGCUAACAGCUCUCAUGUCUCGUCAUUGAGAUGCCCAAACGAAGCCGUUGCUAUGGAAAAAAAGUGUCAUAUACCAAAAUGGUAAAAAAAAAAUGUAAUCUACAUUUACAGUAUCUCCUCUUUCACCAUUUAAAUGAUCUACUUCAAACCAACAUUGAUAUGUUCAGACGGGCCCUACUUAGAUUGUUUGUCAAAAGAUUUGAUACUAUUGUAAUGACCUGACUAGAUCAUAAAUGAACAAUUGUCCAGACAGAGAAUUGAGUUCGCGAAUUGACGGUUUAUUAAACCAACUUUACACAGGCUACUGUUUGGCCGUAGCCCACGCCAAAUAAAUGGAAGAUAACCCACAAGCCAAUCGUGACCUUCUCUUGUGAAGGCCAGACGUAAGAGAGAGAACAAAGGCUGAACCUGGUCUUAACUUCCAAUGCUCCACGCCACUCCGCCAACCACCAGGAUGCCCGGCAUCAGAACAUUCCAGGCAUUCCCGUGAUUGGCAGAUAGCAGGUUGAUUGACAUGUCGGACCCCGCGAACACUUGGUAUUGGUCAGUACAACACAACCACCUACUAGCCUAACACAUAACACACAGCUGUCUGUGCGGGUCGCUACACUAUAUAUAUACACAAAAAAUUGGUAGAAAUGAACAUGGGUUUGAAUGAGAACCAUAGGAAUACAGAGGUAGCUAUUCAAAAUGGUCUUGCUACAUGACCAACUUUAAAACAUUCAGGCUAUCCUAACUUCACUCUUUAAGAUCUUUAUCAACUACAGAUUUGCAUAAAAUAACUGCACCGUUCAAACUGGAGACACCAAACCAGCUUUCACAUGUUCAGGCUAUCUUAAAUUCAAAUUAUUGAACUUAUAUCAACUACAAAUAUAUAAAUUAGCAUAUCAAUCAAAAGUUACAGCUCUUUGUCGGAGUUUAGUGACCAAAAGUAGCUAACUAACGUCAGCUCUCUCAUGUCUCAUCAUUGAGCCGUCUAAACGGAGCCAAUGCCAUAGAUACUCACGCAGAGGAGCGCAUGGGGCAGCGCAGGAAGCAAGGGACAGACCGAGAUCAGCUAUUGAUACUAACAGGAAGUUACUGUGUUGAGCAAUCGGGCGCUGGUAGGGCCUGAACGUCACCGGCAUGGGUAGGGCUCGGCCUAAAAUGUCAUGCCUUUAUGCUUUUCUUUUCAUUCAAACUUCUGACCACUUUCCCAACAGGUUAGACAGGAACUUAGUGUAUGACGUCGUCCUCUACGUCACUGCUAUUCAAGUUGAAAUGGUGAUCAAUGUUAGCCUAAAUAUUAUUAUUUAUUAGAAUCAACUACAGCUAGCUAUCAGUAGGUCUACAUACAAACCUAUUAUACAUAGUUAAAAUACUUUUUAAAGAUCUGUCAACACUAGAUGUAUCAUCAUAUUUCCCUCCCCAAAUAAUAGCCUAAAUGUUUCUAAUUCCUUAUGAGUUUCUCCCUUCCACCACAAGAGCAAGUCUAUAUAUUCAGAAAGCAAAAAGGUUGCAGAAUCAUUAUUUAUUUUCUCUCGUCUUAUGACAGAUCACAACCAGAAACAAGCAUGUUAGCAAAGCUUGAAUUAAUGAAUGGAUAUGCAGCAGGGGAAACGACAGGGCAUCUGACUAAAGAUGGACGGCAUAUUGCCAACAAGACAAGUCCAAAAUAAUAUUUGAGUUUCUGACUUUGAACAGCAGACUUGUGAGUUUCCUACAAUACUCUGUACUGUUUGAUCAUUAUAUCAUCAUUCAACAAAAAUCUAACUUGAUUUACACUGAAUGUUUUACAAAAGUAAAUCAUGCAUUUAUUUAUCUGAAACCUAA